AUGAAGUAUGCGCCCCAAAGGCUGAUGGUGAGACGACUUGAGGACAUGGAGAAAGGAAAGGGAUUUCUCAUCCUCCUGUCUCUCGCCGCGCAGCUCCGCCUAAGCUCCCAACAAGUCCUCAGGAUCGGGGGUGCAUUCACCAGCCUCCAGAAUCUCCCCCGUCCCAGCCGCGAGUCACGCUUCAUCUUCAACCGCGUCUGUCCAGUGGGUUCCGGUCCCCCUCUUGGUUCGACCGACGCGGCCUUGAUGUAUGACGCCGUCUUCAUGGUCGCCAUCGCGUCUCAGCGGGCCACGCAGAUGACAGUCAGCUCUCUGCAGUGUCACCGGCAUAAACCCUGGCGUUUUGGUCCACGUUUCAUGAAUCUCUUUAAAGAGGCCCAGUGGGAUGGACUGACAGGUCAUAUUGUUCUCAAUAAGACAGAUGGCCUGAGGAGAGACUUUAAUUUGGACAUCAUCAGUCUCAAAGAGGACGGCACCACAAGGGGCUUUGUGGAGGCUGGAAGUCGCCUUAAUAAACGGUGGACCAAGAUCGCUGUGUGGAACUCGUACACAGGUCUGAAUCUUACGGAGAGGUCCAGCCGAGACAAGAACAACAACGUGACGGACUCCCUCGCCAACAGGACGCUCAUCGUCACCACCAUACUGGAAAACCCUUAUGUGAUGUAUAAGAAGUCGGAUAAGGAGCUGGUGGGUAAUGACCGUUUCGAGGGCUACUGUCUGGACCUGUUGAAAGAGCUCUCCAACAUCUUGGGCUUCACGUACGAGGUCAAACUGGUGGCCGAUGGGAAAUAUGGCGCCCAGAAUGACAAGGGGGAGUGGAACGGGAUGGUCCGCGAGCUCAUCGACCAUAUAGCAGACCUGGCUGUGGCUCCAUUGACCAUCACCUAUGUCAGGGAGAAGGUGAUCGACUUCUCCAAGCCCUUCAUGACUCUUGGCAUCAGCAUCCUGUACCGGAAGCCCAACGGCACCAACCCGGGUGUCUUCUCCUUCCUUAACCCCCUGUCCCCAGAUAUCUGGAUGUAUGUGCUGCUGGCCUGCACUGGAGUCAGCUGUGUGCUGUUUGUCAUUGCCAGGUUUACCCCGUACGAGUGGUACAACCCACACCCAUGCAACCCGUCCUCCACUUUGAUAGAGAACAAUUUCACUUUACUCAAUAGUUUCUGGUUUGGCGUUGGAGCUCUCAUGCGGCAAGGCUCGGAGCUGAUGCCUAAGGCUUUGUCCACUCGUAUUGUCGGGGGGAUCUGGUGGUUCUUCACUCUGAUUAUCAUCUCGUCCUACACGGCCAACUUGGCUGCCUUUCUCACCGUGGAACGAAUGGACGCGCCCAUCGAUUCAGCCGAUGACCUGGCAAAACAGACCCGGAUUGAGUACGGCGCUGUGAGGGACGGAUCCACCAUGACCUUUUUUAAGAAAUCCAAGAUCUCCACCUACGAGAAGAUGUGGGCGUUCAUGAGCAGCAGAAAAAACACGGCGCUGGUCAAGAACAAUAGGGAAGGCAUCACCCGCGUCCUGACCACAGACUACGCCAUGCUGAUGGAGUCCACCAGCAUAGAGUACAUCAGCCAGAGGAACUGCAACCUCACGCAGAUAGGAGGCCUCAUCGACUCCAAGGGCUACGGGGUGGGAACCCCUAUUGGUUCACCAUACAGGGACAAAGUGACCAUUGCCAUCCUUCAGCUUCAGGAGGAAGGGAAGCUACAUAUGAUGAAGGAGAAGUGGUGGAGGGGGAAUGGCUGCCCGGAGGAGGACAACAAGGAGGCCAACGCUUUGGGGGUGGAAAACAUCGGUGGAAUCUUCAUCGUCCUCGCUGCCGGCCUAGUCCUUUCUGUGUUCGUGGCCAUUGGAGAGUUCAUCUACAAAGCUCGCAGGAACGCAGACAUCGAAGAGUGUGUGUCUUUAAGCACCGCCAUGUCGGAGUUGGGUAGCUCCCUGCGGUGCUGCAAAACCAUCAGGAGGAGGUCGCGACCCCGCGCCAGAGCGGAGUCAGCCUGCAUCUUCUGUCACCCCGAACGCAGCCAGAACAGGGAGAGGGCGGGAGGGGACUCUGGUUCCUCCAGCCUUGGCUCGGGCAAGUGA